UAAAGCCUAAGCUAUUUUCUCCGUUCUUUCUGAAAUUUUGGAGGAAGCAGAAGACUGCUAAAGGAAAAGGCCGACGACGUUCUCCUCUCGCUUCUUCUCCGUCGAUGGUCCGACAAAGAUUUCUUCGACGGUAGGAUUUGGAAUUUCACGGCCAUCUCGAUUGAAAACUCAAAGAGAAUUAUGUAAAGAUCUGAUGCACAUUUAAGUUGGAUUGUACUUUGACUUAGACUAACACCAAAAAAUAAAUUGGUAAUGGGCGGUUGUUGUUGCUGUUCUUCAAGAGGAGUUGAAUCAGGCCAACCACCAGCUUACUACUACUGUCCUCGAGAUUUAGAAGAGCAUGAACAACUGUCAUCUACCAACCAUGAUACGUUGCCAGCAACCUCUUUAGGAUUGCUUGUCGAUACUAAUCUGGACACUUCAACACCUGAUACAUACCAAUCACCUCCUGCACCUUUGCCCUAUGACACGAGUUUGGAGAGCCAAUCAACAUUGCCCGGAGAUGUUGAGAUUGGUGGCAACAAAACUGAUCAAACACCUAUACUGAAUUCCCAGACGACAGGACAGAAUAAUGAUUGUUUUGAAACAUCAGACUGCAAGAAGAAAACUGACAGUGAGAAAAAUUCCCCUAAAAUUAAUGAAGAUGAGAUCAGUAAGCCUGCCACAAUUUCAGAUGAGGAGGAUGUUUGCCCUAUUUGUCUUGAAGAUUAUGAUGCAGAGAAUCCUCGUAUCUCAACAAAAUGUGAACACCAUUUCCAUUUGUCUUGCAUUCUAGAAUGGAUGGAGAGAAGUGAUACUUGUGCCAUCUGUGAUCAGAUAAUGAUGAUUGACAACAUGUACAAUACGAUGGCUCUUGAUCAAAGUCCCUAACGCCCAAUGCAGUUGAGUAGAUUCUCAUACAAAUGAAGUUUUUGGGUGGAAUCCUAAAUGUAUACAGUCAAAUUCAUCUGAAGUCGCUUGCCUUAUUUGAAGGUCAUGAUAUUUCUUCAAACUAUUCCAUUUAAAUCCUUUCUGAUUCCCCUAGUGUUUCACUAUGAGAAGAUGUAAAUUCCGUUUGACAGGAGAACAGGUAUAUAUGUUUGUCCAGCAAUUCUUUCUGCAUUUUUCUCCUGUUGAUAACUACAACCCUUUUUCCUCUUCUUUGUAAAAAUUUUCCUUGUGAAUAUUUUUAUAUUUGUCAUUGUCAUCUUGCUAAAUUAAUAAUUCAUAAUCAA